GGUAGAUCUCUAACUCAGGAAAUACUCUGAAGUAAAGCUUUGCAACUAUUUCUGAAUCACAAAUAGAGCAUUAUUUUAGACAUUGGCCUAGAGUUGACACUUUCUUAUUGAUCCAGGAGAAAAUGCUUCUGUUUCAAUUUAUAUUUGGUCUUUCCUGUACUUAAAUGCACACCAUAUAUGUGGUAGUUUUACAUUUACAGUAGCUUUUUGGGUAGCUUUGCAUUUAGUUUUACAUAUACAGUUGGGCAUCUAGGGAAAGUUGUUUACCCCUGCUAGUAAUUUCCUUUUGCUCCCAGUUGAUUUUAGAAAGACCUACAAAGAAAAUUCCAGUUUCCUGACCACUUCAUGGCUAACUAAAAGUUAAAGCAUAUUAAUGAGGGCAUAAAUGCCUCCUGAAAGCUAAGCGGCAUGGUACACCAACACUUCACUAGGAAGCCUAUUCCAAUAGUUUACCGCCUCCACAGUAAAGGCAUUUUUCCUAAUGCCUGGUCGGAGUCUCUCCUGGAACAGUCUUGUGCUAUUCCCACACAUGUGGCCAUCAGUUCUCAGGAGUAGGAGUAGCCUGGUACCUCUGCUUUCUCCAGUCAUGGAAGCUGCAGCAAGCAAUGAGAUCUUCUUUCAGCUUCUCCAGACUGAACAGCCCAAGUAUCCUCAGCCUCUCCUCACAGGACAUACAUGCUGGUAACCCUGUUACCAGCUUUGAUGCUCUCUUUUGGGUGAUUUCAAGAACUUCAACAGUCUUUUUUGUAUUGUGGGGACCAGAAGUGCAGAGAGUACUCAGAGUGAUGCCACAGAACUGAGUAGAAUAUGAUUCAUGAAUAAAAGUUUUAUUUUAAUUUCUUUAAUAAGAACUAUAUCCAAGGAAAGAGUAAAAAAAGUUUUUGUUCAGUUAAUGAUUGUAUAUAGUUACUAAGAUUUUUGUCCACCCUUAUUAUGCUUAUAAAGGUGUAUAUUUUAGUGUUUAAUCCUAUGCUGUGCUUCGUUGUUCUGAAAAUGUUUCUUAAAGUAAAAUUGUGAAAGGUAGUUAUAGAAGUCCUCAAGAUUACACAAGAUGUUCUUGUUACAUGGAACUGAUGUAAAUGCAACUCCUGCAUCUUCUAUUUUAUUACAUACUGCACUGAGUUGUUCAAAAGUAGUGUUAUUUCAAAAUGAGUUAUGAAGCUAGAUGUGAAAUAAUCACAUCACACAUAUAACGUAGACUCUUGUUUCUUACAGGCUCUGCACCUUUUGUUCAGGGCUUGACUCCCGAGUAAAAGACCUAGGAGGAUUUCUACCAUACUGUAGUACUUGUUGAAAAAUGGAUGAUGAUGAUUUUGGGGGAUUUGAGGCAGCAGAGAGCUAUGAGUGUGGAAAUGGGGACAAGCAGACUACAUCUCCUGCUAUUCCAUGGGCAGCAUUUCCUACAGAGUUUGAAGUCCAUAUAGCUCAGAAUGUUUCUCCUGAUGUUCUUCUGGAGCACUGUGUGCCUUCAUCCUUCCUGGAUCCUUCUGACUCAUUCACUUCAUCAAGUGAUAAUGUGGCAACAUCUAUUCAAACAGCCAACAAUGUGAUAAACUCAGCUGUUCUUGAAGAACAGAUUCAAGUAGAUAUUCCAGUUGCCUCUUUGAAUUUAACAGAAGAUAAGUCUUUAGUCACAUCAUCCAUUGCUACGGAUGAUGCUCAGACACAGAGAACAAACGAAUCAAAGAGCUGCCUUCAACAAACUCUAGCAAAUCUAGAAAUCAAUCUUUGUGCUGCUGAAGAAGAAAAAUUAAAAAUUAAAAAGGAAUUAGAAUAUUUACUGGAAAAACAUAGUGUUCAAGAAAUGAAUUUCUUGAAGGAGAAAAAAGAAAAAGCUAUUUCACAUCAAGAUCAUUACAAGAUACUUCAGGAAAAGCAUAAGCAGGAGUUAGAAGAUAUGAGAAAAGCUGGACAUGAAGCCUUGAGUAUUAUUGUUGAAGAGUUCAAGUCAUUGCUACAGUGUACUGUUCAACAGCAAGAAGCAGCUAUUGAAAAACAGUAUAUACUAGCAAUUGAAAAACAUUCUUACAAAUGUCAAGAGCUUCUUGAUGCUCAGCAUCAGAGGCUUCUUGACAUUUUAGAAGCAGAGAAGGCAGUCUUGUCAGAAAAGAUAGAAGAAGCUCUGAUGCAACAGUCACAGAAACAUAAGGAAGUGCUGGACAAAUGUUUGGAUGAAGAAAGGAAAAGAAGUAAGGAGGCUAUUGCAGCUGCUGCAAAGGCUGAAAAAGAAAUAGUACAGGAGGUUGUUCUGAAAGCUGUAGAGGAGGAAAGGAGAAAUAUGGAAAAGAUUCAUGAAGAAGAAAGAAAUAUGUGGAAAGCAGAACAUGAGAGACAUAACAAGAAGAUUGCCCAAGCUGUUUGGGAAGCAGUGCAAGAGCAAAGAAAACAUAAUGAAGAAAUUAUCAAGAAAGCGUUAAUGGAGGAGCAAAAACGAAGUGAAAAGGCAAUCGAAGAAGCUGUUAAAAGGACAAGAGAGGAACUAAUGGAAUAUAUUAAGGAGCAGAAAAGGCUUGAUCAAGUUAUUCGUCAGAGAAAUCUGUCUAGUUUGGAACUUUUCCUCUCAUGUGCACAGAAACAGUUAAGCAGUUUAUUAAAUGAAGACCCAACCGCAACACAGGAAAAGAGUGACUGACAUUCUCUAUACCACUGAUACAGUAUGAUUUGUGAACCUGCAAAUCUCAAUUUAAAAAAUGGCAAAUGUCUUCAUUUGGGAGUGUAUCAUUGGUUCAAGAUUUCUCUGAAACUAUACUUGAGAGAAGUAUCUGUAUAUUCAGUUUCUUCUUUUAACAGGAAAAAUAGUUUUUAUUUAUGAUUUAAUUUUAUUGUCUUUUCUAGUAGCCUGUGAUUGAAGCUCUAGGCAACUACAGCAAUGAUGAAAAAAUUCCCUUUCAUUUCUGGUUUAAAGGUGUUAUCAUAUCUUGAUGUAAUGUUUUAGUAUUUCUAAUUUUAAAAGAAACUGAAAAAAAAUUAAAUAUACACACAAGUCUAUCUUUAUUUCUCAAGUGUAUGCCCAAGUGCAUUGACUGAAAGGAGUGUGAGAAGCUUAUUAGCUCUUAUCACUUUGGAUGCAUAAUGGAAGAAUCCGUGCUGAAAGAUAGGAGCUUUGACAGUCAUUUCUUCAGACAUUUGUAAACAACUCCAGCUCUACUGACAGAAAAAAUUCAAAAACCAUGCAGUGCAUCAUGUUAGAAUAGUUCCAAACAUUACUGUAACCAAUGUCUGGUAUGUAUAAAUAGAAUACAUUCUGUUUUACAAAGCUCAGAGACCUCAGUUUCAGGAAUAAGAUAUACGUAAUUAUGUGAAUAUGCAUACUGCACUGCUGCAGUGGAAUUUCUGACAGAAUAAGGAGAGCGUCAUGCUGACCUCAGAUGUCAUUUUUAAACCCAUUGAAGGAAGUAGUAAUAAUGCCAGCUGACAAUGGGCUUUGGAUCAAGUCUGUGAAUGGGAAACUCCGUGCCUACACUCUAUUGAUUGUAGACCUGAAAUCUUAAGUUUUAAAGUUCUGAAUGAAAUGAUGCCUAGAAAUAUAAAUAAACUGAGAAUGAUACUUC